AUUGAAAACAUUUAUUACUAUAUAACAGCAAUACCCUGAACCGGGAUCUUUAAAAAUAAAAUUUUUUUUGUAUUUUUUUCUUUUUGAAGGAGGCAAAAUGAAAGAGGCCACAAAUAAAAGCUAUGAUAGAAGCCCUAUGCUCCAAAUUGGAGUGAAGAGAAAAGAAAUAUGUAUAUGAGGACAUGCGCUCUAUUCACCAACAAGAUAUUUUAUACAUAAGGUGGAUGGGAAUGAUGUAUAAUGCAUAAAUAUAAAAAAAAGGAGAUAUUAGAAUACAUUCAUCAAUGAAAUUUGAGCUUAAAAAUAGUUCUGAAAUCAACUGAUGAAAAAGACUCAGUUCCCCCCUACGGACAGCCUGGAAACUUCUUGAAAAAACAAUUAGAUCAUUGCUUUCCAUGAAGCUGAAACGAUGGAUAGAAGUGAAGAAAACGUUGAGCAAGACUAUUUUCAGACAAAUGAAACUGGCUACCGAAGCCGAUCACCAACCAGAAUUCCCUACUUCAUUCCUAGACGACCUAAAGUGGUCAAGAUGCGAGACCUCAGUCCAGAUACAAGAAACCAGCUGACACAGGAAUACUUCGAAGCUUAUGAUCCAUGGACUGGUAUACGUAUAGCUGCCACGCUCGGUAUUUUAAUUAGUCUUUUUACUUUGUUCCUAAUUUACAAAAGUAAAUUCAAUAGGAGCAAGGCGACGCUCCUACCAGCCAAGAAAACGUCUUUAUAUCUCUAUGACGACGAUUUUGUAGACUGUGACCUUGGAAGUCUAGGAUCAAGUUGCCGUUCCAGCAUGUUGGGAAUGGAAUUUCCAUAUAAGCACAGUGUCAUAGACCGUGCUGGUUUUAACUUCGAAGAUGCAUUCCAGCUUGAAGAAGUACUUGUUAAGUCUUCUGCUGGCGAAUGCGUGGCGCUAAAGGUCCAUCCACCUGGUAGAAAGAGCUCCAAAUGUGGGCCAAAAUUUGGCACUCUUCGUAUUACUGAAGAUACUCCUAGAAGCCUUCCUUGCUCGCCUUACAAACCACAGCAGAAGGUUUCUGAAGACACAGAUGUGAAAGCGCUGCAGUCGCCAACUGGCACUAUAUCUUCCGACCCAACGUCUUUAACUGGUAGUAUAACUUCUUUCGGUUUCUCUGACUCAAGUGAAGUAGCCAAGAAAUCCAGUAAAAAGAGUACCAAUUCCAAAAAUAUUAAAAAAUCUUCAAAGAGAUCUUCCUAUCCAGUGGUGGAAUUGGGAAAAUCGUGUCCAAAAUCGAUGGUUGUGACUACUAAAAAGCCACAAGACUAUCGAAGUAGGAGUACUAUUGUAUCAAUUGCUCGACGACAGAGGAAUUCUUGAAAACAACUUUAUGUAUACAACUAAUUGUUGAGUUAAGAUCACCAAAAUGCUUCAAUGGAUUACAUUUUCCAUUUAUUUAAUGAUGAUUUUCUUGAAAAUGAAUCGAUUAUCGAAUAAAUGAAGGGCGACUUUCUAAAAACAACAGGUAUCAGUAACAGAAAAAGCCUUCGUAAAAGUAAUCCUAAACCUCAUUGUCAUUUUAGGAAUAACCAAUCGAAAGAAACGAAUAUGACUACAAGCAGUUUUAGAGUUUUUAUAAAAAAAGAACUAUUUUGUUUUAUACCUUUUUAAUUUGGUAUCUUUAUAUUUAUUUUCCAGUUUAAAUUCAAUUUUAUUUUUUGUAAACUUUUUGCAAGACUCAUUUCUACCCAAUACACGAUCUUGAUGUUAGUAUUUGUACAUAUUUUGUGGGAACCUGGCCCUAACUGCUAAUCAGGGAUACUCUUUUGUAGAUGUAGGAUAACUGCAUCUCAAAAAUUAUGUAAUAUGAAUUACAUAAUGAAAGUGAACUAUCAAUAUUGAUAUUGACUAUCAUUAUCCAUUAAAUAAUGUGAUAAAUUUAUGAUUUUACAUAUACCACUAUCAUUUUAAUUUACUGAUUCUAUCUUUAAAUGUAGUUGCAAUAAUAUGUGUCCCAUAAAAUCAACGUUGUUCGUUUUAAAACAAAAAAAAUAUUUUUAAUAAUUUUUUUCAAAUUGAAUAUUAUAUGUAGAGAGUGUACCAAGCUUAACUCUAAAUUUAAACUUUUCACCAAUCGUACUAUUAAAUGUUGCCAACGAAAAAAAAGUCAUACUUCAGGGUUAUUAAAAAUGAAACUAAAAUGAAAUAACGGCCUUUUAUUACUGAACAAUAUUUUUAUAGUUUUUGUGUUGUUUUACUGACAUGUAGUUUAAGGUUGUGAUAACUAGAAUUGGCCACCCAGAUCAUGUGAUUUAACGCAAAUAGAUUUCCUUUUGGAUGUCUAAGAUUCAGAGAAACAUGCCCACAUUAAUGUUGGAUGAAGUUGAAUGCUUUAUCAACGAAAUCCAUUAUCAUAUAUGGAACACGGUUAUUGAAAAUUUCGCCAAAAGCGUACUUACGUUACAAAAUAUUACCCCUUUUCCAUGACAUUCUGUCUCAUUCAUAAUCGUAUGCUGGAAAGCAAUCGAAAUCAACAAAAAUUCAAAAAAAAAUUAAGUAAGAACUUUUUUCUACUCCGGAAUUAGGGCAUAUUUAGAUCGAUUGGAAUGUGACUCGUAUAGAUAAUCUAGUUGUGAGAGUAGAAAAAGACAUUUUUUAACACUAUGCGUAGUUGCUUUUAUUUUAACUUGCUCAAAUCAAUUUAAUUAUAAAUUUAAAUAUUGUAUUUGAAAAGCUUUAAGACAAUGAAGAAAAUAUAGAUAUUUUAAAUUUAUCUUAGAUUGUGCAGGAAGUAAUUUUUUAUCACCGAAACUUUCAUAGAUGAAACAUUAUUCUAUUCUCAUUAUACCAUACUAUUAAUAUUUAAAUAAUAAUAUGUAUGUGGAAGUUCCUUAUUAAGUGCUAAAGAGUGCAUUGAUUUAGAAAAAAGUAUUUAAAGACAUUUCUCAAUUUAAUAACAUUUUUGUACAAAUAUUAAUAUAUAUUCGAGUUCAUAAUAUUCUUUUCCAGUUUUAAAAUUUUUUAAGAAGUCGAAAAAUUCAAUGAAAAUGAACUUAGAUAUCUCAAACUUUUUAUUGAGUUAUAAUUAAUUCAGAAUUUUAAAAAAAACAUUCUAUAACAACAAAAUUACAGUAAAUUAAGUAUGAAUUAAUUUUACAGCUUGCUAUUUUUUGCUCAUUUUAUUUAUUUUAUGCCAGAUAUAAGACAUCCGAUUGUUAUUUGAUAGCAAAAUAUAUUUCAUCAAUAAAAUUUUUGAAGGCUUCUUCUUAGCUCCUCUAUUUAAUAUAUAAAUAGAAAUUUAGUAAAAUAUUUGGUGGCCUGAAAAAUAUUGAACCUUUGAGAGCACAGGUUUUGUUGACACUUAAAAAUGAAAGUAGGAAACCAAGUAUAUCUGUUUAAUAAUCGACUGUCGUUAUUCUAGCAACACCAUAAUCCCCUCUCUAUAGAAAUUUUAUGGCUUAUAGUCAAAUAAUUAUAGAGGAAAGUUACGAUUACAUUGUUUAUCUAUAUUUUUUACAUGUAUCACAUUGCUUUACGGUAAGAAAAUUACUUUCUUGCUAAAUAUAUUUCAUUAUGAAGGAAUGAAUUCUUUUUGCGCAAUACAUUUGUUAUGAAGGCAAAACAUUUCUUUAUUACUAUUCUAUGUAAUUAUUAAAACUAUUAAGAUCUAUUUUAUGCAAAAUUUUAAUCCUUGCACUUAAAUCAAAAAUUACUUCGCACUUAAAAAUGAAAUUAUGAAACCAUAUAAUCGCUUGUCGAUUUUUCAGCAACACCAUAAUCUCACUUCUAUGUAACUGCUUCGACUUUUAGUAAAACUAUUAUAAAAGGAAAGUUAUUAUUACAA